AUGGGGGCGUCGAAGGCUGCAGCACGGUCUUCGACUCGGCCGCAUUCCGAGUCCACCGCGCGGCCGCGGCGCAGCUUCCACAACACGCUGCUCUUCUACUGGAGGAAGCGAGAGCAUUGCCAUGGACCUUCCCAGCCGGGAUCGGGUCGCGGAACUAGGCCCAGGGUCCUGGCCAGCACCCGGGCCUCGGGCUCUGCCUCUUCCCGAGUGCAGGCCCCAGCUUCCAGCCCCGCCUCCUCGCCGAACUCCGACUCCAGCCCCAACCCCAGCUCAGGCCCGGCCUCCGCACCGAAGGUCAAGGUGCGCACGCUGGGCUCCCGUGGCCGCGCCCGGGCGGCGGUGUGCGCGCUGGCCUGGAGGCCGAUUUGAAGGCCGUCCUGGAGGCCGGGCUGGCCCGGCAGGCAUUGCGCGGGCAACAUGGCGGCGCCCAGCGAACGGGGGCGCUUCGGUGGCGGGAACCUCUUCUCCUUCUUGCCCGGCGGCGCGCGCUCCGAAGCAAUGGAGGACCUGGUGACGGAUGCGCGUGGCCGGGGAGCGGGACGGAGAGAUGCCGCCGCCGCCUUGGCCCCGACUCCAACCCUGGCGCCGACCCCCGACUCUCAGGUCGCUGAGGACACCUCCCGGAGACGGCACUGCCGUGCCUGCGUGGACUUCAAGUCAUGGAUGCGGACGCAGCAGAAGCGUGACAGCAAGUUUAGGGAAGAUUGUCCACCGGAUCGUGAGGAACUGGGCCACCACAGCUGGUCUGUCCUCCACACCCUGGCUGCCUACUACCCUGACCUGCCCACCCCAGAACAGCAGCAAGACAUGGCCCAACUCAUACAUUUAUUUUCCAAGUUUUACCCCUGUGAGGAGUGUGCAGAAGACAUAAAAAAGAGGAUAUGUAGGAACCAGCCAGACACACGCACACGGGCAUGUUUAACCCAGUGGUUGUGCCACCUGCACAAUGAGGUGAACCGCAAGCUAGGCAAGCCGGACUUCGACUGCUCUAAAGUGGACGAGCGCUGGCGUGACGGCUGGAAGGAUGGCUCCUGCGACUAGGGGGCAGCCAGCCAGAGCCCAUGGGCUGCCUGCCUGGCCAGAGAGGGGCAGGGCACUCAUUAAAGUGUGGCAGAGCCAGAG